AUGUUGAGCUACAUUUUCUGGUGUCCAUCAAGGCCAAGCGACACAGAAGAAUUUGAGUUCCAUGAAGAAUCAGAUAAAGAGCCAAGUGAGGGGGAAAUCAGUGAAGAAGAGGACGAUGAUAAUGACAAUGAAGAUGAGGAUUGGGAUGAUAGUGAUGACUCUGAUGCUCGAAGUGAUGAUAAGUACAGGGAUUGGGAUGACAUUGACUACCGGGGACCUUGGAAUAAUGAUGAAGAUAAUGAAUCUGGGUAUUACUCACCAAGGGAUCCAGCAGGAUACUCAGUGUAUGCGAUCGAUGAAGAUGACCCGAUGGUUGAUCCGAAAGAUGCUAUUCAAUCAACACUCACAAUCAGCAUGAAAGGAGAUGAGUCUGCAUCAAACUCAAAAGAUAGUAAGGAUAUCAAAGAGUAUGAGAUCAUCAUUGCAGGUAAUGUGGACCCUAUAGCAGAAUAG